AAGAAGAAGAAGAAGAAGAAGAAGAAGGGAAAUAAAAAAAUAAAAUAAAAAAUAUAAAAAAGAGAGAGACAUAUUUUACAAUCAAGGAAGAGAAGAACACAAGAGGUGGGAAGAAAGGAAGAGGAUAAAAAAAAGAAAAACUAAAUAAAUCGAAAAAAGUGAGGGGGGAGAAGAAGGGGGAGAGUUUGAAUCGGGGUGUCAGAUUGAGCACGAUAGCACCUUUGGUGCCCUCAGCCGUGGGUCCCGAGUGGACGGACGCCAUGGCGGCCUCUUCGUCCAUUGGCGAGCAGCAAUACUCACUCAGGUGGAACGAUUUUCAUUCGAGCAUACUUAGCUCAUUCCGUCAUUUGAAGGAUGUUGAGGAUUUCGUCGACGUGACACUAUCCGCUGCAAACAAUACCCGUUUCACUGCUCACAAGGUUGUCCUUUCGGCCUGUAGCCCAUACUUCAGGGAUGUACUAAGAGAAAACCCAUGUCGACAUCCGACCAUAAUCCUAAAAGAUGUCACAGCAUCGGAUGUGGCAUCCCUAUUACGUUUUAUGUAUUAUGGAGAAGUUAACAUUGGUCAAGAACAAUUGGCAGGAUUUUUGCAAACGGCACAAUCACUUCAAGUCCGAGGAUUAGCUGAUGUAAAUAGUGGUAUUGUUACUGCCAGAAUGCCCCCACAACCUUCCUCGAGUGGUAACAAUUGCAGUGCACCUGCAACCCCACGUAAUACUUGGCAAGAUAACGGAAGAGACCUUAACGAUGACGACUGUAGUCCACCGCCAGAUAAAAGGGCUAGAAGUUAUAGUCCUCAAAGGGAUAAUAACACCGAACCUAAAACAGAUUUACAGGAAUCACUACUGGGACAAGCUCUUGAAGGUGGACCAACGAUACAUACAACUCCGUCGAAUAACAUUCAGGCACAAUCAAUUGGCGAAGAUUCGAAUUCAAUGUCCGACAACGAAGAUAUUUCUAACAACGAAAGUAUUCUGAACUCGGUUAAAACGGAACCAAGCGAAUUAAUGAACGAUUCAUCGAUGGAACAUCAUCGUAGUAAUUUUCCAGCCUCUCUUUUGAAUCUACAAGGACUAAUGCCAGGACCGUCAGGAAUUCAUGCAUCUAAUCAGGAUCCAAAUUAUGGGCGGUGGCAGCCCUCUGGUGGAGAUGGUUCAAGCUCGAGUUCUGCUUGGGUUCCUGGUACACCAACGACGAAAAGCGAACCUGCCGGACCUGAUACUUACCAGAUUAGUGGAUCGCACAACACUAAAGGGCAGGACCUAGCCUCCUUACUUCAUCAUCAUCAUCCUCCUCCUCCUCCUCAUCACCACCAUGCCACCAGCCAACAGUCACAGAAACGUAACCUGAACACUCUCAACUCCUUGAACAGUAUUAGUAGCGAACAACUUACGGUAAUGCAGCAGAAACUACAGAAUUUUAAGGCCUUACAACAACAACAACAACAACAACAACAACUACAACAGACCCAGCAACAACAACAACAACAACAAUCACAGCAACAGCAACAACAAGUGUCAUCAAAAAGUGAUCAAUUGCGUAUGAUGUUUCAAAGUUGUACGAAAGAAAAAAUAGAUAGCAUCGCAAUGUUGCAUCAAGGCUAUCGCCGUUUUCAACAAUUUGAAGCUGGCAAUCAACCUGGCAAACCUAAAUGCCCGGAAUGCGGUAAAAUCUAUUCGAACAAUUCUAAUCUGAAACAACACAUCGUCAACGUGCAUACCGUACAAACUGAAUUUAUAUCUUGUCACGUAUGCAACAAGAUGUUCAAAACUAAACAGUAUUUGCAAAUUCAUUUGUUAUCGAUGCACGGUAUCAGGAAAAGAAAAAGUUAUCCCCUUUAUCAGAUGACCACUCACGCUCAAGCUCAACAACAGAGUCAACAACAACAGCAGCAGCAACAACAACAACAACAACAACAACAACAACAACAGCAACAAUCUACAUCAUCGCAACAGUAUCCAUCAGCUGAUAGGUGGUCAGAAGAAAAACAGUGAUGAGCUACUACUGCAACUAUCAACAAUUAAUUACCACUACUAAAAGAUAACACACACAGUUUAAUAGUUUAAGUAAAACCUACUCUUUUUAUUUUUAUUUAAAUGUUUUUCCUCUAAUCGUUCUAAGCCCACGUAAAACCCUAGUAACGUUUUUCGUGUAUAUACCAGUUGUACAUAACCUAAAAAAAAAAAAAGAAAAGAAAGACAGAAAAGGAACCGAAGAAAACGUUAAUACUAGCGGACAAAAAAAAAUCUUGUACAUAAGACUAAAAGACUAUAAAGGCUAGUCACUUCGCAUAUAUAUAUAUGUAUACACCCUUUCCUUUUAUCAAGGGAAGGGGGAGGGUUGAAAAGAAGACGUGGGCGCGGAGGUGUCGAUAGGUAAGAGAGAAGUGUAGGUGGGAGGGGUGGAUGAGUGGUCUAGGGAAAGAAAGAAAGGGGUGGUUGGUAGAAGAGAGAAAGGGGAAGUGAAGUGGGGAGGGGGUAGGCCGACCUAUUUUCGUACAGUGCGCCUACCGCAGUGCGCAGGGUGUUCGCCCUUCGACGCUUCGAUAAGUAGGCCUCCUCGAUUGACCGACGAUGAGAGAAAGACAGAAAAAUACUGUAGGAGGGAUUACAGAAGGUUGGGAAGGGGCUAUUGCAGUGAGGAAAGAAAUAGGGGGUUGGAACUUGUGUCUGAAAAAUUUGCUCUCCUUAAAAAACGGCCUGAUGUGUGCAGAAAAAAAACUGUAUCACCGUAUAUAUGACCAGCCCUCAUUUUUCUUCCUUCAAUGCUAUCUGACGCAAGUCAACGAGUUAGGAUUUAAGCUAGGGUGGGGGAAGGGUAAAUUUUUAACCCAUCUUCUUAAUCUACGAUCGAAUAGGAAAUGAAUGGAGGAAUUAUGAGGACAAAAAAAAAAUAUAGAAAAUCGUUACGAGACGAUUAUUGGACUAAUUUUACCCUAAGGAUAGGAAAUGAAGGGUUUUACCUCAAACAGCAAGACCACAUCUGCUGAAUUCGUCAAAUCUUCUUCUUUUUCUUCUUCUUCUUCUUCUUCUUCUUGCACUACCCUUGAUUAAUUUUUUUUCAUGUUCCCUACUCUUAAGAUCGAUAAAAAUAUAUUCGUGUGUAUAUUUGAGUAUAGAUGUAUGUAUGAGUGUGAGUAUUAAAUAGAAAGAAGGGAUGAGAAUUUAAUUAUUAAAAUGUAUAAUAUGAAUUCAACGUACAUAUGGUCAAGCAUGUAUGUGUGUAUGUGUGUAUAUAAUACGUUUUGAUAGUA